CAAGGCCAUAAUAGUGGCCUGCGCAUACUUAUUAGCACAAUUCAACAUGCGCAGACCAAACCUACCCGCAUCAACGCAUUUGCGAUGCUUAAGACCACAUCAAAGCUUUAAUGGCGGCAUAUAUGAGCAUCCCACUUUUGCAGGACACGUGUCUGGUGCCCGACCAGCGACCAUCUCGUGCUUGUCUUCACCGCACCAGCGUGGAACUCACCAGCGGAAGCCCUCACCUCGUUCAGUACUCCACAAUGCCAGACCACUGCCCCGUCAACUAUCAAUGGUGGUCUCCCCGAGCUCGGGACACUCGUCCCGUGGCAAGUCUGGCAAUGGAAACUUAUGCUGGAAAUGUGGGCAAACCAAGACCGAGAAAGGAGCUGGCCCUCGACGACGGUUGCACGCAUCGGCCCCGGGGUUUGCACGGACAAGUUUAUCACCACUCAUGGCCCGCCGGCGAUAUCGUGUCAAACACGGCCCGAUGUCUUACAGUCGUCUCCGAGACUCUCUUUUACAAUCAGCGCCCAGCGUAGAUGGAUCCAUUCCGACCGAGAACUCCGCUGCGAUCACCUCGCCGGCGGAGGCUGGUACGCCUCCGCCUGGGCGUAAGAAUCGUGAUUCCAAGAUCAUGUUGGACCGGCAUAUCACAUCUAACCAACGAAUCGUUGAGUCCAAGGCAACAAGUCAGAAAACGAGAGGCAUUAGAGAUAAGGCCAUCAAAGAUUUAAUCGCCAGGUUCAGGAGAGCCAAUAUCUCAAGGGCGAAAUUCAGCAACGCGAACAGUCUCAGUGGCGAUGCAGUUCUAAUUUUCCUCCCGAGAACCGGCGCAGAUGGUAGUGACGGGAGUGACACAUUCAAGAAGGCAUUGGAAGUGUUCGACCAAGAACAGAUCGUCGAAGUCACCAUUCCAUGGGGGCAAACACCCCCCUGGUGGCGCUCAGAGCUCGACAACUUGAAGAUCCAUCUCGAAGGCGAAGAGGACGCGGCCGUGCCAGUGUUUGACUCGUGCGACGAGGUCCGCACCAAGAUCGCUGAUUAUCUCGGCCAGCCAACCAGCCCUAAACCGCACUACUUCUGCAAGUUUAUCCACACACUACUCACAGGGACAGUCUCGAAGACUUUCGACAACAUCCAGCUCAAAGCAUUCAUGGCCAAGGAGGGGCCGGACGCCGGGGCCGGCGAGCUGAUCUACUACGCUGCGUACAUCUUCUUUGAGAAGCUGAGGAUCGCCGAGGGCAGGCCCAAGAGCGCUCACCGUCUCAAGAUGGAGAGGCUCCACCCGCAUGGUUUAAAGUGUGCACGCCGCUAGAGCUCUGGGACCAGGACUCCAGCGUAGACGCUGUUGGUUUGGUUGAUUAAUUCAACUAUCCAACGGAGUAGAAUGGACACAGCAGCCGGAAGCACCAUGGCCGAAAUAACACCUAACUACGAACAUGCUUCUAACGCCACAGCUCGCCAACCCAUGGGGCUGCAAAGGACCUUGGGCUGUAUCAUCGCGCGUUUGGAAAUCUCCGCCUUGGUUUUCCGGAUACUUCCAGCGAGGCGGGUUGGAGGACCGCUCUUUCAGCGAGUCACUGGGGCGCGAGAUCUUGCGAUGGUUCGCCGCUACCUAUAGGCAUCCGAUGCGCCGGUGAACUCCGUGUACGCUCCAUCGUGGUAUAUGACCCAGCCACCAGACUUGUGCAGCUACAUAGGGAGGACGCAAACCCGGCGUCGGCGCCGGACGAAGGGUAUAUAAUCUAGAGCCAUGCUCGAAAUCAAUAAUCCAGGGUGACUGGUACCGAAAUGCCGACGCGACGAAAUGGGCAGAUUCAUUGUGUAAAGCAUGGUGCUGGUUGAUGUUGUUGCAUGCUACUAGUAGUUGUCUCGGCAGAGCUCUUUGGCAGGCGGCAGCGGUCGGUUAACUUUCCACCCGAGGGGAGAAAGAGAAAAAAAAGGUCAGCCCGAGAAGCC